ACCAAAACUGUAGGAGUUUGUUCAGAGAAGAAAAACUCCAAACUCCAAUAAAUAUUAAUAAUAUUGUAUUUGAAACAUACAACAAUAUUGUCUAUGGUUAUUUAAAUGCAGUCUAGAAUAAUAUAUGCACAGAGGUCAAAGUACAGUUGGGUUCUUUUUUUUUUUUCAACUGAAGGACUUAAGCCAUACAGCUUCGUAAUCACAGAGGACUGACUCAGAGAUACAACAGUACUCCAGGAUGGUUUGCCUGAAUUACGGACUGUUCCUUAAAAGGAAGCUCAGUCCCCUCAGCUUGGUUGUCCUGACACAUUGUUGUGCAGGUUCCUCAGUACCCUUAAAGUCUGGUCGCGAUGCAGCUGCCGACAUUUUCACACCUCCAUCUUGCUGUGCUUACUGUUCCGUUGUUGGCUUGGGUAGUGGCUUAGCUGGUGGCUUCGUGUUAGUCAUAGCUGCCUUGAUAGUCUGGAAAUGGAAAAAAUCAAAAAUCUUAUUAUGCAUUUUCUCAGCCAAAAGAAAGGGUUCGGCUGAUAAAGAGGCUCAACUCCGGAAAGAAUCCCAGAAGACUCAAGAAGAACUGGACUACUGCGGAGUGGUUUUGUCUCAACUGCUGGAACUGACCAGCGGACUGGGGAAACAAAAAGAGGAAUUCAGACUGCAGUUAGAAGAGAUAGAGAAGGAGAGGGAGGAAAACAAAGACAAGCUUAAUGCAGUAGAGAAGGAGAUAAAACAGAGUGAGAAAGAAAAGGCAACUGACAAAACGGAAGGGUACUUGAAAGAACAACAACAUCUGUUGAACGCUGAGUCGAAACUGGAUAAACGGAAGGAAAACCUGGAGAAGCAGCAGCUGGACGUGGAGAGACUGCUGAAGAAGACAAAGGCUCUGAUGGCAAAAGCAACAGAGAGGAAGACAAAAGCAGAAAACCACAUGCAGCUGAUUCAGUUGCACCUGGAAGAGUUAGAAAGUGACGACGAUAAAUCUCACCUCCACAGAGAGUAAUCAGAAGGUCCAGUUUUGGUUCUGUAAUGAUAGAAACUAGUACUUUUUCCUUUCUGCUAAUACUAUAAUGACCCAGGCAGCCAUAAUGUCUUUAUGUUUUAAUAGGAGAAACCUUAUUAAAACAACCACACUCCUCAGAUGGAAGACUUUCAUUUACCAGUUCUGAUCUGUAUAUGUGGAGUUUUAUUGAUAUGAAUUGUUCCAGUGUGGUGAUUAUAUUCUCACAUAGAUUUUCUUUAAUGCUGAUAUUUUAAUACUCAUGGCUGGGUAUUGUGCUGUCAAGUAGUUUGUUGAUUUCAGAUAGAAAAUGCUAAAGUAUACAAAAUGAUAUGUAUAUAAAAUGAUAGUUAUCACGCCAUUCAACAACUGGUUUACAAAGUAGUGUCUGGAUUAGUGUCUUUGUUGUGAUGAAAUUGUGAUGCGGAAUUGUCAUCUUUUGAAAUAAACUGUAAUGUGAUGAUUGAAUCCUCUGUGAGAAUCUACAUAUGACUGUGUGUGAGAUGAACAGAAUACACUCCUGUCACAAGAUGAAGUAAUAAAUCUUGAUCCU